AAAACCUCACCGAUGUCUGGUCGCGGGAAAGGUGGUAAGGGGCUGGGUAAGGGAGGCGCUAAACGGCAUCGGAAGGUGCUUCGUGAUAACAUUCAAGGAAUUACUAAACCUGCAAUCCGUCGCCUGGCUCGUCGCGGGGGAGUGAAGCGUAUUUCUGGAUUGAUCUACGAAGAAACUCGAGGUGUGUUGAAGGUUUUUUUGGAAAACGUGAUCCGAGAUGCCGUAACUUACACCGAGCACGCUAAGAGGAAGACCGUGACUGCUAUGGACGUGGUUUAUGCUCUGAAACGCCAGGGCCGUACUCUGUACGGUUUUGGAGGUUAA